CAUACAGGCUUUGCAACAACAAGGAAGUGACCGACGAGAGAAGCCAGCAGACUGCUGUCAAGAUGGCACCGAGUGGGCUGAAAGCGGUAGUAGGAGAAAAAAUCCUCAAUGGGGUUAUCAAGAGUGUGAAGAAGGAUGGAGAAUGGAAGGUUCUUAUCGUGGAUCACAUGAGCAUGCGAAUUCUGUCCUCUUGCUGCAAGAUGUCUGAUAUUUUGGCAGAGGGGGUUACCAUUGUGGAGGACAUCAAUAAACGUAGGGAGCCCAUCUCUAGUUUGGAGGCCAUUUAUUUAAUUUCACCUGUGGAGAAGGUUAGCUUUUGUCUAUUCCUCAGUUCCGUCAUUGUGAAUUUUCUUAAUCUCUUAACCAAAAUUUGUUUUAAUUCACAGUCAGUCCGUGCUCUUAUUAACGACUUCAAAGAUGCUGCCUUGACUUACAAAGCAGCACACAUCUUCUUCACUGAUACUUGUCCAGAUGGUCUCUUUGCCGAGAUUGGUAGAUCCAGAGUUGCCAAGGUCGUCAAGACUUUAAAAGAAAUCAACGUUGCUUUCCUGCCUUAUGAGGCUCAGGUAUUCUCACUGGAUGAUCCCACCUCCAUGUACUCCUUCUACAGUUCUAAGCCACAUAAAGAUAAAAACAAAAUGAUGGAAAAUUUGGCGGAGCAGAUUGCAACCCUGUGUGACACACUUAAGGAGUACCCUGCAAUCCGUUACCGCAAGGGACCAGAGGUUAAUGCUAAACUGGCUAUGGAGGUCAACCAACGCCUUAAUGCUCAUAAAGCUGACAACCCAAGCAUGGGAGAGGGUGCAGAUAAGGCGAGAUCCCAGCUACUGAUUGUUGAUCGGGGUUUUGAUCCCAUCUCACCUAUUCUGCAUGAGUUGACCUUCCAAGCAAUGGCCUACGACUUGCUAGAUAUCAAACAAGACAUCUAUACUUAUCAGACAACCGGCAUUGGAAAUUCGAAUGACAGAGAAGUAUUAUUGGACGAAGAUGACGAGCUCUGGGUUCAGCUCAGACAUAUGCACAUUGCUGAUGUCACUAAGAAAGUGACAGAGCUUCUUCGCACUUUUUGUGAGAGCAAGAGAAUGUGCACAGACAAUGCCAACUUAAAAGAUCUCUCUCAGAUGUUAAAGAAGAUGCCACAGUAUCAAAAGGAGCUGAGCAUGUACUCUACUCACUUGCACCUAGCCGAAGCUUGUAUGAAGAAAUUUAAGGGCUCUCUUGAGAAGCUUUGUGAAGUGGAACAGGACCUGGCAAUGGGAGCAAAUGCAGAAGGGGAACCUCUAAAGGAUGCCAUGAAGAGCAUUGUUCCUGUUCUCCUGAACAAUGAAAUUGGGGCCUAUGAGAAAAUCCGCAUCAUACUGCUGUACAUAUUCCACAAGAAAAAAGGCAUCGGGGAGGAGAACCUUGCCAAGCUCAUCCAGCAUGCAAACAUACAAGCCGACAGCAACAUCAUCACCAAUCUGCAGAACCUGGGCUGUAACAUUAUCGCUGGGGGCCGCAAUGCAGAGCAAACUCUGCCUGAACGGAGGGAACGCACAGAGAGCACGUACCAGCUCUCUAGAUGGGCACCCAUAAUCAAAGAUGUCAUGGAGAAUGCCAUCGAGGACAAACUGGACAGAAAGCAGUGGCCAUUCAUCUCUGAUCCUGCUCCCAUCAACACAACUCAGACUGCAGUCAGUGCACGUUUUGGACACUGGCACAAAAAUAAAUCUCCAACAGAAUAUCGCUCUGGCCCUCGUCUGAUUAUAUUUGUGAUUGGUGGGGUGUCACAGUCGGAGAUGCGCUCUGCCUAUGAAGUCACUCGAGCCACUGAUGGAAAAUGGGAAGUGCUGAUUGGGUCUUCUCACAUCUUGACUCCAACCAGCUUCCUUAAUGACCUGAAGAGUCUGGACCAAGUUCCUAAUCCUGAUAGUUAGACCCUGAACGGAGAAGAACACACAGCAUUAAGGGUUUAGUCUUUCAUUUAAGAUGAUUGGGUGCUGAUCUUCUGUCGCAUCCUCUCCGACGUCUAAAGUGAUGCAUGAGGAGAAAUCUUAGAUGUAGCCGUGGAUGAAAAUGUUUGUGAUUCUUCAUUUUAUUUUAGAAUAGAAUUGGGUUCUGUGUACUGCUGUGAUUAAAAUGAUAUUAAAUAUUUAAUUAGACAUUAAUAUUUUGAUUAUUUUACUAUUGCCAUUGAAAUUCUUAUUUUUGCUACUUCAUUAUAUGUGAUGUUUCCCUAAUUUUGUUUUCAAACAAUUGCAUCUUUCCCACAAAACUGGAUUAUGUCACACCAAAAA